ACGCCCAGAGCCAGCCAAUGACAUAAGCAGCGAAGAAAACGUUGUCACAUUACAACCUUUUUCAACUCCAAAUACGGAAAAGUAAAGCCAAAAUGACGACAAUAUCUUCACUCUCGUCGGCAUUUUGAUUCAUUUUUCUUCGUCCACCUCUCUCGCUGCUGCCUGCUGCAAAGUGCUUAGCCUGCGCACCGCCACCACCGGCGGACCGGACCGGACCAGACCAGCAGAGACAAUGAAUCCGACCGACGACGAGGAGAUCCUGAAGAAGCUGGAGGACUCAACCAAGGAUGCCACUGGUCGACAGCUCGAGGCCCUAAGGUCCAUCCUCGAACACCAAAGCAAAGGCGGCGGCGUACGUUAUCUCCGACCUUACCUCCAAGGCUACGAUGCGCCGGUUGAUGCAAAUUCGUUCCGCCAAGCUGUGCCGUUGUCUUCCUACGAGGACUACGUUGACCACAUCAAUCAGAUGGCCAACAAUGGACCCGUUGACCAUGAUCAGCCUGAGCCUCUCCUGUCCGUUGAUCCUCUCAUCUGUUUCUUCUACAGCUCAGGAGCAAGUACCAUGAAGCCCAAAUUGAUCCCUUACUUUGAUUCAAAGCUCUCGAGAGCCGCCUCGUUCAUAGCUCACCAGGGCAGCAAUGCAAUUCAUCGGAGGUUAUUUCCUCCUAGGCCAUCUGUGAAUAAGGUCCUAUGGUUUAUUUAUGCCGAUAAUAUAACAACUACCAAAGGCGGUUUUAAGGUUAUGGCUGCUUCUUCAUAUCCUAUGCAUGGCAGUAAGGCGAACUGGUCUCAGUUGGUCUCUUGUUCAAGCCCCCGGGAAGUCAUUCUUGGGUCAAACAUAGAGCACCAGAUGUAUUGCCACCUACUUUGUGGCCUUAGAAACUCUGAUUCUCUUGAUGGGAUUCGUGCCCCAUAUGCCAUAAGCUUGAUCAAUGUGUUUAGUCUUUUAGAGUCCAGGUGGGAGCAGCUAUGUGAUGAUCUUGAACAUGGGGUCCCAAGUUCAAAGAUUUCCGAUGUUGUGAUGAAAGAUUCUGUUACUGAAGUUCUUGGGGGCCCUCAACCAGAAUUGUCAAGGAGAAUUCGGGUGAUUUGUGAGGACAAGAAUUGGGGUGGGAUAGUGUAUAAAUUGUGGCCUAAUGUGCGGUACAUUAGGUGUGUUACCACAGGGAGUAUGAAGCAGUAUUAUCCAAGGCUUAAGCACUAUGCAGGAGAGGUACCUUUGUUAGGUGGAGACUACUUUGCUUCAGAAUGCUGUGUGGGUAUCAACUUGGAUAUUAUGCAGCCUCCCGAGACAACCCAAUUCGUGUUGCUUCCAACUGCAGCUUACUUUGAGUUUCUUCCAUUUGCUUUGGAUGAGAUCAAUGUUGGUGAAGAAACAGUGGACAUUUCUGGUGUGGAGGUAGGAAAGAUGUAUGAAGUGGUUGUCACUACAUAUAGAGGAUUCUACCGAUAUCGUUUAGGUGAUAUUGUGAGAGUUGUUGAUUUCUAUAAUUCUGCUCCACAAGUGGAGUAUGUGAUGAGAGCUCCUAAUACUUCGUCCGAGAUAAUAACUGAGAAACAUUUGAUGUCUGCCAUGGAAAGUUUUCAAAGGGUCAUCAGAAAAGAUAUGGCAGCAGAGAUUUCAGAGUUUGCAAGUUUCUUGGACUUAAUGUUGAGCCCAAAGCUUUUGAAGCUUUAUAUAGAAGUUAGAGAGGGAUGUAAGCUUUUGCAGGAAGAGAAGCUAGAGGAGUCAGUUGAAAUUCUCAAGAGGUGUGGUUCCUCUAUUGAGGAUAGCUUGGGAGGCAUUUACAUGGUGCAGAGGAAAAGAGGCGAAUUAGGUCCUUUGGCAGUAUCCAUUGUAAAGCCAGGUAGCUUUGAUAGAUUAUCAUCGGUAGCCAUUGAGAAUGGAGCACCAGCUAGUCAAUAUAAACCACCCAAGAUUAUAAGAAAUCGCCAAAUUGUUGACUUCAUGGAAAGAUGUAUUGUUGUUACUGUAUCUUUGGAUGGUUAAUUAAGACUUAAUCACUAGAUUGAAGUGUUGCAAUUUGUUAUCAUCCAUUGUUGAACUUCAUCUGGGUAUGCAAAGAAGCUGUAUGGACUUAGCACACAGACAUUUUAGGAUAAAUAAGCAGAACAAUUGCUUGUUGGGAGACAAGUCCUUUUCUGAAGAGGCAGUGUAUUCCCAUUUCGUUAUUACAGUUUAUGAUUCUUUUACAUGAAGCAUUAACUGGAUCCUUAAUCAUGAACUAAUGUAACUGAACAUAUAUGUAAGAAUGAUUCUCCUGGCUGUUUUUUGCUUGUAUUAAUUUUCUCUCAAUAAUGUACUUAGCCAGUAAACGUAAA